AUGGUGCACAAUUGUGGAUGCUCAGUGGAGGGUUUCCUUGGUGGUUGCAGACCUUUGAUAGGUGUGGAUGGGUGCCAUUUAAAAGGAAAUUAUGGUGGUAUUUUGUUGUCCGCGAUCGCCUUAGACAACAACAAUGAAAUAUUCCCUUUGGCGUUUGCAAUUGUGAGUGUUGAAGACAAAGAGACAUGGAGUUUUUUCUUUUGGCGAUUGUACAACAUAUUGAAGGACUCAAACAGAUCAGAUUGGACAAUUAUAUCAGAUAGGCAGAAGGGAGUUGAUCUUGCUUUGAAGGAUGUGUGGCCGGCUGCAAAGAGAAGAUAUUGUUGUAGGCAUUUAAGUAGGAACUACAAAAGAGAAUUUCCUGGGCCUGCAAUGUACAUAAUGUUUUGGAGAGUUUGCAAUGCUACUUCUGCAUACAGCUUCAGAAAAGCAAUGGAGAGGUUGCAAAAGGUGGGGGGUAAACCCGUGAUGACUUGGUUUGCAAAGUUAGGCAAGCAGGAGAAGUGGAGCAAACACAAAUUUGACCCAAAUGUGUGUUGUGAUUCAAAUACUUCAAACUUUGUUGAAAGUUUCAAUUCCACUCUUGGAGUAGAUAGAUGCAGGCCAGUUUUGACAUUGCUUGAAGGAAUUAGAAGGGUAUGUAUGGUUAGAAUAUCAACCAGGCAUCAGAAUUCAAUGGGUUGGGAUAAUGAUGGAAUUUGUCCUAAAAUUGUGAAGAUGCUUAAACAAAUAGGCAAGGAAUCCAGUAGUUGCAGGGCAUACAUGUCUAGGCCAGGGGAGUAUGAGAUACAUGAGGGUAAAUCUCAGUUCCCUUUAAGUUUGAAUGAUAAGAUUUGUUCUUGUGGAGCAUGGCAAAUUUCUGGUGUACCAUGUAGACAUGCCAUAAGGGCAAUGGUUGAUGCAAAGUUGGAUCUACACAAAUUUGUUAGCUCGUGGUUUUCUGUAAAAACCUACAAGAAAAUCUACAACUUUAACAUCAUUCCAUUGCCUGACAGAGAUCAAUGGCUGAUGUAUGAGAACUUACCAACAAUCAAGCCACCUAGAAUGAAAAGGGGAGUUGGAAGGCCUUGCAGAAAUAGAAGGAGAGAAGAAGGAGAAGAGCAGCCCGGGAAAAGAUCAAAGACUGUAAAAUGUCACAAGUGUGGCUGUUUUGGGCACAAUUCUAGGACUUGUAAGGGAGCUAAAGCAGCUGAAAAGGCGGCAAAGGCUGCUGAAAAGGCGGCAAAAGCGGCAAAAGUCGCUGAAGUUGCAGCAGCAGUAGCCAGAGCAGCAGACAUCGCAGCUAGAACAAAUGGGUCCAGAAGGGGGAAGGCACCAGCAAGAGAAUCACAACAAGCAAACUCUCAGAUGAGUACUCAACCGACAUAA